AUGAAAGUUUUUAUUAUUAUUUUUAUCACUAUAUCAAUUGUAUAUUCAGCAGUAUUGCCAAAAUUGCCAGCAUCAAGAAAAAUUUGCCCAUUUCCUAAUGGAACAGAUACAAAUAUUCAUUUAUUUAACUGUGAUUCAAAAAUGGCUUUAAAGAUAAUUAGUGGAAAAAUUUUAACAAAAUCUGGUAAAGAAAUGUAUCCAGUUAAUCCUAGGCAACCAAUUAAAAUUCAACUGACUGCUCAAAACGAUGGUAUUCAGAUAGAUGAUAAUCAUGUAAAAGUUUAUAUUUAUGAAUAUACAACAAAUUGGCUUACUGGAAACUGUUCAUGGGUUGAAAUUCCAACAUUUGGUUUAUUAAGUAAUAUUGAUGGCUGUGAUUAUGCUCAUAAUUGUCCAUUAAAAAAAGGACCUUUAACGCUGGAUCUUCCACUAGAUUUAUCAUCGUUUAGUUCUAUUAUUGAAUUGAUAGCAGGAAAAAACCCAUAUCAAUUGGUAAUUAAAAUGUACAAUUACAAUAAAGGAGAUAAACAGCAUGAAGAAUUUUCCUGUGUAUCAUGCCAACUUCGUUUUUCACAGUAA